CUUUUGGCAAUCAACCUGUACUUUUGUAUAUGCCUCAAAUGGUUGCAAUAGAAAUUAUAAAGGAUGUAAAGGGUUUUUUUGCUGAAAUAAUGGCUGGAGGUCGUGGGUUCGGACAUCCAGAUUAUGAUGGUAUGAGUGACAGUGACACAAACUUGAAUGUGAAAAAAGAUGGCUCAAAGACAAAGAGAAAAAGUAAUGAAGAAUACAUAGAAGCUCAAUUACAAGCUUAUAUUUCAAGACUAAAAUCAGAUAAGAUUCCAAUUAACAUUGGUAUCAAACAACCAAAUUCAGCAGAUCAUGAACAAUGGUCAGCUUAUAUUAAAGAAGUAAAAAAAUUUUCAGAGGAAAUGAAGCAUAAUGCUGAAUGGACUUUUGUAG